CUCGAAGCAUUACACUAUCCAUCUAUUACAGCAGUACUACAGUAGUAGUACACACUUCACGUGUCCAACCCCCAUGUCGACAUGCUCCGCGCGUCUGACGAGGCACUGGCAGUGCACUCCCGUGCCCAAAUCUCCCGGCCAAAUCGCCGCCGAGCAGCAUUUGCUGUGUCUGCCAUGGUUUCACGGUCACUACAUAGUCCUGUCGACUCGAAUUCGAUUCAACCGGUGGAUUUUGUUUGGCGCGGCGUUCGUGAGCCAAUUCUGCGUCGGGUCGCUGUACGCAUGGUCCAUCUACAACAUCCCCAUGGACACCUAUAUCUUCGGCAACCCGAACGAGGAGAAGGCCGUGUAUACGUUCUACAUGGCGUGCGUAUCGCUCGGCAGUGCCGCGACCAUCGUCGGGCCCUGGCUGGAGCGAAACGGACCCAAGUGUGGGCUGCUGCUGGGCACGUCGUGCUUCCUUGUGGGGUACAUGGUGGCCACGAUCUCGCUCUAUUUUAAAUCCAUCGCCGGCGUAUAUGUGGGCUACGGGGUCAUUGCUGGCUUUGGCAUUGGCGUCAACUACAUCACCCCCGCGUCUGCACUCAUCAAAUGGUUCCCAGACAUGAGGGGAACCGCCGCUGGGUUUGCCGUCGGCGGAUUCGGCGCGAGCUCCCUUCUCUGGAGCAAAGUGUACUUGCCGGCCAUCGACGCCAUGGGCCUCCCAGCGUCGUUCCUGUGUCUCGGAGGCAUCAUGUCGUGCAUCAUGUUUGCAUGUGCCCUUGUCAUGCGCACUCCCCCGCCAGGGUAUUCCGUCGGGGGGCUCAACAUGCACGGCAUGACCGCCGCGGACCCCUCCGCCUCCCCCCACGUGAACCCAGACGACGCCCCCCCAUCUUCGCCCCACACGGCCAUCUUUGAACUCGAAGCCGAUGCCCACCGUCCUCACGGCGAUCUACUGGACGAAGACGAAGAUGCCCAUCAAGUGUGGCUCAAGCAGAUCAAAGCCACGAGCCUGCUCGACAGUUUGUUUUCGGUAGACUUUGCAUGCAUCCACAUCACGUUGCUGGGCAACAUCGUGCUCGGCCUUGUCGUGCUCUCGCGCAUGUCGUCGAUGGCCACGAUCAUCUUCCACCAAUCCAAAGACCAGGCGGCCACUCUCGUGUCCAUCAACGGGCUCUUCACCUGCUCUGGCCAGAUUUUGGUCCCGAUGCUCUCGGACGUUCUCGUCCGGCGGUGGCACCUCCGUCCGCCAUUUGCUCGCAAGUGCAUCUUUGUCGGUACCCUCGUGGCCCAGCUCGGGAUUGUCGCCACCUUGCCGUAUACAUUACGCACUGAAAACUUCACUGCGUUUCGAGUCCAAGUGUGGGUACUCCUCGUGUGUUAUGGCGGCGCCUUUGGCACCGUCGCAGCCUUCUUGACAGACAUGUUUGGCGCCCAUAACAUUGGUGGCCUUCACGGAUGCGUGCUCACCGCGUGGUCCCUCGCGGGGCUCGUCGGCGGCCUCGGCUUUACCCUUCACUUUAACCACCUCGUGAACGAUCUGCAUCUGCCCCUUGUGGACGCAUACGUGGAGAAUUUGUACUGGGUCGCUGGCGUCGUUGUCGUCGGCUUGCUUGCCGUCCUGGCUGUGCGCACCAGUGCCAAAGAUCGGUUUGCACCCGGCUAUCAAUACAGUAUUUGUGGCACGCCUAUCGUACGCGUUGGCCACAAGAAUCUGCCGCCGCGUUAAGGUGACCCCACUCAAGGUGCUGGCCCAGCCAGCUUCACAGGACCCAAUACCUUGAUUAUAAUCCCAUCACCGAUGGGUUUGCUUACAUCUUAGUUGAUCCAAAGCACAAGACAUGGGAUUAUGUAUGCAUAGGUGCGACCGUUUGCAUCCCCGGAAUAUGAACUUGUUCGAAUUCGGUGUGAAAAUUGUCAGUAAUCGCGCUAAAUAUAAUUUCCGCACAACCUAAA